GCGACUGUCAGACGGAGCCCAUUGUGCCUAACAACGAUGUCGUCGACGUCAUCGGUCUGGAACUAGGAAUCUGUGCAGAGGAGGGGCAAUCAGUGGAUGAAAUUGCAGUGAACCCUUCUUCUGCCAAGAUGCCACCGUUAGCGCGUUCAUCCGGACGACUGCGCGUCGCUCGUGCAAAGGCGAAUGGCGACAAUGGGAGUGGGGUGUCGUCCUCGAAGCUCCCUGCUUUGGCACAGACACCAUUCCCUAAGGAGCUGUUCGACCGCCUCAAUCCGUCUGAGGUCGACAGAUCAAACCCCUGUGUCAGGAGCAGUGGUGGUGCCGUAGCGCAUGGCGCACGCCAUCCUUUCCUCUCCAAGGCAGAGGCGUUGCCGCAGUCGUCGGCAUCUCCAGAUCCACAGCGUGAGCGGUCAGGUGGUCAGUCUCGUGCAGGCCACGUCGAAGGCUGUGUGAAGGCGGCAAAACAAAGAAAGAAGCGGAAGAAGUCGAGUAACGACGCUCUCAUCUGGCCGGAAGUGGCUGGCGGGCUGAAUGGGUUGUCCUCCGCAGAAGCUCAAGCUAGUCGAGAAGCCGAUAACCGCAUCGCCAACGAGAAGAACGGAUGCGGCAAACGACGGAAGGAAACAGACGCAGAUUCCAAGAAGUCAAAGUCAAACCUUGACGGAAGCGGACGAGGAGAAGGCGAGGGUGAGGAGGGUUCUCAUCCAAGCACUCAAUUGUGCAAGCCGUUGACUUUCGGCAAAAGGCGGAAGGAAACAGACGCCGAGUCCAAGAAGUCAAAGUCAAACUUUGACAGAAGAGGAAGAGGAGAAGGCGAAGGCGAGGAGGCCUUGGCUGUCGACAAAAGGCGGAAGGAAACAGACGCCGAGUCGAAGAAGUCAAAGUCAAACCUUGACAGAAGAGGAAGAGGAGAAGGCGGACGUGAGGAGGGUUCUCACCCAAGCAAUCAAUUGUGCAAGCCGGUGGCUUUCGACACAGCUUGGGGUCCUUUCCUGUGUGGCGAAGACGGGAUAAAGCAAGGUACGAGGAGUGAAGGGACGGCGGCGGAUCUGUUGGAAAGUCAGCUAGAAGUGACAGUAUCAAGAGAAGCGUCGGUGGUCGAUGCAUGGCUAGAUCGUCUAGUGGAAGAGGAGCAGAGGAGUGAUGGGAGGGUUCUCGGGCUCGAUAUCGAGUGGACUCCUUGUUACAUGAAGGGUCAGUACAACCCAGCGGCUUUGCUGCAGCUGUCGUCGGCAACGCGGUGCCUGAUUGUUCAAUUACUACACAUGGAUCGACGGUCACAAAAGCUUGUUGGGCUGUUUGCCCCAUCUUCUCAGUUCAGAUUUGCUGGGGUAGGGGUUAGGGAUGAUUUAACGAGAUUGACUGCAGACCAUUUCAUGCCUCCCUGUGAAGAGAAGGCAGUGGAUCUGGGGACGCUUGCAGCAAAAGUGCUAGGGAAACCCGAUGUUCGGGGCUGGGGUUUGAAAGCAUUGGGUAGAGAAGUGUUGUCGUAUGAGAUGCAGAAGCCCAAAAAGGUUUGUAUGAGCAGAUGGGGCUCCAGGCUCCUCAGCGUGGAACAAGUUCGCUAUGCAUCGCUCGAUGCAUGGGUGUCGUAUCUUAUAUGGAAAGCAUUGGACUCUCUUCCAACUGAUCCUGGCAAGAUGAUGUCCUAGGCACAAGUUAUCUAUUGUUUGUCCUUCUUGUGGAAGGGGUCAGUCUUCCAUCAUCAUAUCGUGUGGUCCAGGGAGAGGUAUUCUGUGGCGAUGUCGGAAGAAUC